UCCUGUUCCAUUAUAUUUAUAAAUUCUGAUGCAUAACGGAGAGUGAAUUAAGAACUAGACUUGUAUGGCUCAGCUCCGUAAUCUCGCCGUCGUUCGCGAUAGUUUAGAAACAAACUGCACGACCUCCGAGAUUUUUAGCAGAAAAACACAGGGAAUACAUUUAAUAUCUGACUGAAGUGCCAUGAUCCAACUUUACUCGUGAGCAAAGAAAAAAUUACAGUCUCGAAAACUGUGUCGCUAAAGCGUCAGAAUCGUAACGCAAACUGGGUAACCUUAGGGAAAAUAAAUUGUGGAAUCACAUGACAAGUCAUUGAGAAGGCCACGGCAGAGUGGGAAGGAUUUGGCUCUACGGUACUGUAACAGUAAGUUGUGGAGAUCUAACGCCUCAUUUGACAAGGAACGAACAAUGGGGGGUUGCUGUUCAUCAGUUUGUGAUUUUAUCCUGGAAUAUGAUACUCCCAGGAUUGUACUUAUUAAAAACAGGAAAGUUGGGAUCGUAAAUAGGAUCGUUCAGCUAGCAAUCCUUGCGUACGUUAUUGGUUGGGUACUUGUGUGGCAGAAAGGUUACCAAGAAUUUGAUUCCACCAUUGGCUCGGUUACAACCAAAGUAAAAGGUGUUGCCAUCACAAAUUCAUCUCCACAUGAAGAAUACAUAUGGGAUGCAGCUGAUUAUGUUAUUCCUUCACAGCAAGAGAACUCCUUCUUUGUUAUGACUAAUGUUAUUCUUACCAAGAAUCAAAUGCAAGGUCGGUGUGCUGAGUUGCCAAAUGAAAAUACAAGAUGUAAAUCAGACAAUGAUUGUGCAGCUGGACAGUACAACUCCCAUAGCAAUGGGGUUUUAACUGGAAAAUGUGUCCAAUAUGAUGUGAAUGUGAAAACCUGUGAGAUUUUUGCUUGGUGUCCUAUGGAGAAUGAUACAGUUAUUCCUAAUCCUGCAAUUCUUGGAGCAGCUGAAAACUUCACAGUGUUAAUAAAGAACAGCAUUACCUUCCCUAAGUUCAGUUUCUCAAAGAGAAAUAUUUUGACAAACGCAACUGCCAGCUACUUAAGAUCUUGUAGAUUCAAUCGGAAUUCUAACCCUUUCUGCCCAAUAUUUCGUCUUGGAGAUAUGGUUCAAGAAGCAGGAGAGGAUUUUCAAAAAUUAGCUGUUCAGGGUGGAGUGAUGGGAAUUUUAAUAGAGUGGAACUGUAAUUUAGAUCAAUCAUCAUCUAAGUGCCUUCCAAAAUAUGUCUUUCGGCGCCUUGACAACAAAAACUUUGCCGCAACACUAUCACCCGGGUACAAUUUUAGAUUUGCUAGAUACUUUGUGAAUUCAAAUGGAACAGAAGUAAGAAUGUUGUUCAAGGCAUAUGGGAUACGGUUUGAAGUUGAAGUUUUUGGACAGGCUGGAAAAUUUGACAUUAUCCCUACAAUGGUAAAUAUUGGAUCUGGGUUAGCGUUAUUAGGAAUGGCAACAAUCUUGUGUGAUCUAAUUGUCCUGUACUUCUUAAAGAAAAGCAAAUAUUACAAAGAAAAGAAGUACAAGUUUGUUGACGACUAUGAAUUGGGGAUUGAAUCAGAAGAUUAAAGGAACCAUAUGGAACUCUGGAAACAAACUGACUUCUGUCCUGUGAAUCUGAAGUCACAAGACUGAUUUUCCACCUUGGCACUUGACUGACAGGUCCAUCAUAAAACUAUAAAUAAAUAUUAAUGAGUUUUACCUGAGAGCUUGAUCAGUAACUUGAAAGGGGACUCAAUUGUUUUUAAAAUGAUUAAAGACUAAACCUAUUGAACGUGACUAUUUUUGUUAUGAUUGACGUAAUGUGGAACAACAUGAACCAUCAAGGUGUAGAUAACUGAGGGUUUUGCUUACUAACACCCUGGAAGUAAUACUGGGUAUUGGGAAUGGACUGGUGCUCUGGUAGCACUAAGGAAAUUGAAGAGAGAACAGAAGAAGGAAUAGCGGAAUGGGAUAGUGAAAAACUUGGAGAUCAGUUCAUGGAGUGCUCUUGUGUCUUCUCCUCAAAACUCUGUAGCUUUGCUCCAACUGUUAAAGGAGGCUGGCAAACCCAGUCAACCACAUUAAAACAACAAAGGUUAAAA